UUCUUGCACAAAAAAAAUAGAGGACCUUUCACCCCUGAAACGCAGUGGUUUCUUCCUCCAUGUGUACGUUCCAAGAUGGCGGCCGCCGACUGGGAAGAAGUGAAACGUUUGGCAGCAGAUUUUCAGCGCGCCCAGCUCAGCAGCUCCGCACAAAGACUGUCUGAGCGUAACCUGAUAGAGAUAGUGAAUGUUCUGGUGGAGUCCCGCCUGCUGGAGGUGGUGUACACCACAGAUGGACGGGAGUACCUCACACCUCAGCAGGUCAUCAAGGAGAUCAAGGAUGAGCUGUACCUCCAUGGAGGUAGAGUCAACCUUGUGGAGCUACAACAGCUCAUCAACAUUGACCUGAGCCACAUUGAGAACAAAGCUGCCGAGGUUGUCAGGACUGACAAGGAUGUGGAGCUGGUACUAGGACAGCUGAUUGACAGGACAUACCUGGACAGCUUAGCAGAGGAGGUCAAUGACCUGCUGCAGGAGAAUGGCCAGGUCACCAUAGGUCAGCUGACCAAACAGUACGACCUGCCCAGUGACUUCCUGAUGGAGGCUAUAUUAGAGAGACUUGGAACCAUCAUCCAGGGACAGAGUGACCCAUAUGACAAGGGUGUCAUCUUCACUGAUACAUUUGUCAAGAUGCACACCGCUCAGAUAAGGGGCAUAUUUAGUGCUAUUACAAGGCCAACCCCUGUGGGAAGCAUUAUGAACAAGUACGGGUUUGCAGAGAAGCUUUUCUACACUGUGCUGGAGAAGCUAGUAAACGAUGGGCAGCUGGCGGGCAGUAUUACAGGAGGUCGCCAGGACAAGGCCUUGUACGUCCCUGACAUCUACAACAAAACACAGAUGAAGUGGGUGGACAACUUCUACUCACAAAAUGGCUACUUGGAGUGGGACACUGUUAGAAGACUAGGCAUCUCGGACCCCCAGCCCUAUGUGAAGAGGCGGUUCAAGUCUGCAUCUCUGGUGUUCCUGCCCAGCUGCUGUGUGGGUCCAUCCUUACUGAGUCAGGUGGAGGCAAGCAUAGAGGAGGCUGUCACUUCAGCCACAUGGGUAGAUGUGCAGACGUUGUUGCCACCGUCCUUCAAUGCUGUAGACUGCACCCAGCUGCUGCAGCAGGUGCUGAAAGGCCGAGGGAUGGGCUCACACAGGGUGUUCCAGGGCAGUGUGGUGGCUAGUGACAAGUUCAUCCUCACCUGUAAGGGCUACUUUGAUGAACUCAUGAAGCAGAAAGCUGAAAAGGACUCUAAGUCAUCUACCAUGCUGAUAUUUGUGGAGGAAAGCAGUAGGAAACCCCCUGUAGCAUCAGACCUGCCACCAGCAGAUGAUGGCACAGGAGGGAAAGGAGGCAAGAGAGAUGAUAGGAGGAAAAAAGCUGGUGAGGGAAAGACCAGUACAGGUGGAGGUUCUGGGUAUGGUUCCAGAGAAGUGAAAACCAAAGGGAAGAGUAAGAAACAGAAGAGAAGGGAGGCGGAGGAAGAGGAGGCAGCAGCUAAGUCCUCUUCAUCUGGUGGACACAGUAGGAAGCAGGAGCUCCCUUUCAUGACUAUAGAGGAAAUAGAGGAAGUACUACGUAAAAACCUCCCUGACUGUGAUGAUGGGUUUGUCACAGAACUAGCAGAGGACCUUCACAGACCCUUGACUAAAAGUUACCAGGAGGUGGCUAAGUCAGUGUUCCUGGCCUCCACUGGUGGUGGUAGUGGAGCCUCCAGGAAGGAGACACACAGAGAUCUGCAGGAGAAGGUUACUGGUCUCUGGACGAACAUCAAACUGUUCGAGAAGGGCCUGAAGCUCUUUGAAGAAGAGGCUCAGAGUCAGCUGGCCAAACAUCUCCUGAAGACCCUGUGCACAGAUGUCACAAACAUUCUGCUCAAUUUUGUGGCCUCAGAGCAGAUGAUGUCAGUGAAUGACCCUAAAGCCAUAACCAUAGAGAUGCGCUUUAAACUUAUCUCCAAUCUACCUGAGCACAUUAAAGAACCAAUGACCAAGCUCCACACAUCACUGGCAGGAAAGGAAGUGGAUGACUUCCUGUCAGCCCUGGAGACUGUGGCAGGGGAAAUGCAGGUGAUGCUGAAGAAAGCUGACAAGAAAAAAGAAAGACAGCUGGUGUUUAACCACAGACAGUCCCUGUGUGAGGAACUGGGCAGAGAGGAGGAGCCAGCCACAGUGUUACACCUGGCUGUGCUGUUAAUGUUCCAGCAGCUGUCACACGCCAUGGUCCAUGCACCUGGCAGGUGUGUGCCGCUCAUCAUCAGCCACCUGGAGCAGCACCUGCCCAAGGAGCAACAUGCCAAACUUGUCGACUUCCAGGAUCUGGUAAUUAAGUGUGUGAAGGCCAAGCAGCAAGCAGGCGAAGAUGGGGACAAAGAUGCGGACAAUCUAACCACGACGUUGCACAAACUUGUUCCCGACAUCAAAGAUAUGGCACUCAAUCCAAAAAAGGCAUCCGUGGAUCAGGAGGACUAACUACACCAGGACUCACCCUCCCCACACCAACUACUGUACCACAUCCAGGAAAUCUAGGUUUUGAUAUAUUGCAUUUAAUGAAAACCUUGUAGACAGAAAUCGAUGACAAUAAUACAUGUUCUGUCAUAAACAGCAUGUUUGUGUGCGAAAUUGGAAAACUUAUUCAAAACAUCAUUGUUGGACAUGUAUGGACAGUUUUAGAGAUUUACAUAUCUGUUUCUAUCAUAAGACUACAUUCCUUUGGUAAUCACAUCUUGUCAUGCUAGUGACAGUAUAGCAGCAUUUUGAAUGUUGCUGUUAUUCAAGCAUAUCCUGUUGAUUGAAAACUUUGGAAAGUUUCUGUACUACUUGUAUUUAAUUCCAUGUAACAGGUUUGACAUGAGAGGAUCUGUAAUGAUUCAACAAGAUCUCGAAAAUCUUU